UGGCAUGUAUUUGUGUGGAUGAUUUAGCCGCUUUAGGAAGUGACCAGCAGAACUGGGAAGUCCUGGGAGUACAGGAGGCAGAGUCUGACAUGACAGGCUGGAUGCAUAAUGAGGACCCUCCCCUCCCGGCUCCAGUCUCCGGGUUUUCCCUGCCGCCGGUAGUAGCUCACAGCUCUGUGAGUCCCUUUUUUUCUUGUUGUGUUUCUGUUACUCAUCGCCAUCUUGUUGCAGCCCUUUUCUUGUCUGGACGAUCAGUGGGGGGAUCGGGGUGACAUCUCAGCCGUGGGGCCGCCUUGUAUGUGGGAUUGGGGAUCGGCUCGGCCAGUGGUGGAGGGUGAGGACGCUCGGCACAGCCCCUGUAUGUGUGACUGAUUCCUGGAGGCAGAGAAGACUUGCUGGAGACAUGAGCCUGGAGACACUACUGCAGGCAGCCCUGUUCCUGGAAUGGCAAGCCCAGCAGCAGCAGCAGCAGAGUACACGUGAGGGAAAUGAUAAUAUUGUGCUGGAACAGGAGGAAGAGGAGGAAGAAGAGGAAAAAGAGAAAGAAAAGCAAAUCAUUUCUCGAAAAGAAGAACUGGUAAACCAGGCCCCCCCUGAUCCUGCUUCUCCACCAGCGCCUGCACCUCCUCCACCCCCACCUCCUCCUCUACCUACUCCAGUAACAGUCAUCCCCCUUUCUGUGGUAACCAGCACUCCUCAACCAGUAGUCCAAACAUCUUUGUCACCUCCUGUUGUUCAGCGCCAGCCAGCUGUCGUCAACCCACCUGUUAUCAACAAAGAUGUAUCCCUGGCUCCAGUCAUCCAGAGACCACAAGGCCCUGGACUACCAGAGAUCAAGUCUUCACCUUUGAGUGUAGGAAGUCCGAAGCAGUUGCACCCUUACCCAACCCCAAUGCUGGCAAUAACACACCACCACAUUGUGCAGCAGCAACAACAUCAGCAACCUAUACAGCCCCAGCCAACAGCCCUACAGCACCCACAGCAGCAGCCUCCAGCACAACCCUUGGGUGCUCUUAGACUAUCUUCAGCAGAUGAUGGAAGGCCAAAUGAGCAGAGAAGGCGACCUGGAGGGGCUGGCACUCGGGAAGUUCAUAAUAAAUUGGAGAAAAACAGACGAGCGCAUCUUAAGGAAUGUUUUGAGACGCUAAAAAGGAACAUCCCAAAUGUAGAUGACAAGAAGACUUCCAACCUCAGCGUGUUAAGAAGUGCUCUCCGAUACAUUCAGAGUCUGAAAAGGAAAGAAAAGGAUUAUGAGCAUGAAAUGGAACGUCUGGCGAGGGAGAAAAUAGCCACACAGCAGCGGCUGGCCGACUUGAAGAAUGAACUCAGCCAAUGGAUGGAUAUUAUGGAGAUUGACCGAAUUGUACGCCAGAAUGUUCAACCAGAGGAUGACCAGGCUUCUACCUCAACGGCUUCAGAGGGUGAAGACAACAUUGAUGAGGACAUGGAUGAUGAUAGACCUAUUAACGCCUUACAGAAACGUCAACAGCUAGAGCUUUUGAAGAUGGUACCGUCCAACGCAGCUUCCCUCAACCAUCAUUCCACUGUUCUGCCUCAGCACGUCUCCAUUCAACAGAAGCAAGUCCCCUCUCCCCACGCACAGCCUCUCUCCAGCCAAGCACUGAUCCCACCUCAGGCAAUGGUGCCAGCACAGACUCAUAUUGUUGCUGCUUCAACGGUGCAGUCAACUGUGAUUGCCCACACGGCCACCACUCAUGCCUCUGUCAUCCAGACUCUCAACCAUGUCAUCCCAGGGCCUCAGACAAAGCACAUUGCUCAUAUUGCACCUUCCACGUCAAGCCCUGUACAGCUAACCACUGCUGCUCAGCCAAUCGGCCACAUCACUGUGCACCCAGCCGCCAUUAAUCAUAUGACCCAUCUUGGCUCGCAGUUACCCAUCUACCCCCAGUCUGUUGCAGUAAGUCAGCCCAUGAUGAGCCACAUUGCUCACACCAUUUCCCACCCACAAGUAAAUGGAACCACAAACCUGGGUCAGCCUACCGUCAUGGCAAAGCCAACUGUAGGUACCCAGGUGGUCCACCAUCCCCAAUUAGUUGGGCAAACUGUCCUGAACCCGGUGACUAUGGUAACCAUGCCAUCAUUCCCUGUCAGCACUUUGAAGCUAGCCUAAAACACUCUAAAAAUCUAAGAAUUAAUUAAAUAAAUUAUCCACCGGACAUCUGAAACUCCAUACAUUCCUAUCCAGUCAUGUUCCAAGGAAGACGAGACACUUCUUGACAAAGGUUCCAAUCCACAUAUUUUUUAAUUGGCUUUGGAAAAGACAUCAUGCGUUAUGAGAUAGACCUAUGUAUGACAAACCACCAAGGGCCCAAUGUGCUGGAAUUUGACCAUUCUCAUUUGUUUCAGUGACUGUCACUCAUGAUGACUUUUUAUUUACUCCUACCAAUAAUCAGUGAAUAGAAAAUGAGACUUUAAUUUUUACCUUCUACUCCACUCACACUUAUUUUAUUCAGUUUUUUUUUUUGUUUUUUUUUAAAUGUGUAUCUGUAACAUACAAAACUUAUGACCUCUUUCUAAUAUAAGCGAUUACGUUGAAAAUAAUAAGCAUCAUGUUGAUUUAUAAUGUCAUUGAGGUGACUGGUGCAGAACGUAUACACUAAUAAAAGAACAAAAAUACCACUUAAUUUGUUGGUAGCGUAAGAGAAAGAAAAAAAAAUUUUAGAUCAUGGCAUUCCUAAUACUUGGAUCGGUGAUCACAACAUACACAGUAAAAAUUCUUGGAAAGGGGGUAAUGAGUUUUCUGUAGGUAAUUUGAACGGGGUUCUUAUUUUUGUCUUCAAACUCUAAAAAAAAUCGGGCUGAACCCACCAUCUGCAGAUUAUUUUUCUCUAUCUGUUCCUGAUCAUUUGAUUUUAAGCAAUAGGUGUUAUCCCACAAAAACUAUGAGACUCUGUGGAUAGGUGAUAAAUAUCUGUCCUGAGAAUGAAGGGUCCCAGGGUCCGCUAUCUGAAUGGAGAAUGUAGGUCCACGCUGUCUGUCAGUCCCAUAGAAGUGAAUGGAGCAGUGGAUGGACAUGCACACUUCCACUCCAUUCAGAGAGGGAGCUUAGGAACUCCUUGUUCUGGGGAUCAUGGAGGGUUCCAGCGGUCAUAGCAUUUCCCCCCUCAAAUACUUUUCAAGGGAUAACCUGUUAAAUAGGAAAAUAGGACUUUAAGUGAAUCUGGUUAAUAUGUCAAUAAUAGAUAAAGAAAAGCAUGGUGUAAAUACUGCUAAGGGUCCAUUUGCACGCCCAUAAUUCUGGGUCUGCAGCCGUUCCUUAAUUUUGUGGAACGGGUGCGGACCCAUUAAUUUCAAUGGUGCCACAAAAGAUACGGACAGCACACCGUGUGCUAUCCGCAUCCGUAGUUCCAUUCCGUGGCCCCGCA